AUGCCGAGUUCGGCUUCUGCAGUGAAGGCUACAUAUGCGUCGAAGACACCAACCCGCGCAUGGCGACAUGAGAAUACACUCGUGCAUAAAGCUCCGCCCGACUUCAACGUCAAUGGUGGGUUCACAAAUUGGAGUUCAUGGGGUACCUGUAAUGUCACCUGUGGUGGAGGCUCCCAGUCAAGAACCAGGACAUGUACCAAUCCAGUACCACAAAAUGGAGGUGCUGAUUGUGUGGGAAUCACACUGGAGUUACAACAGUGUAAUACUCAGGGGUGUCCAGUGGAUGGAGGAUACAGUCAGUGGAGCACUUGGGGCACUUGUUCUUCUACAUGUGGAGGUGGCUCUCAAACAAGAACCAGAACUUGCACAAACCCUACUCCAGCUUUUAAUGGCAAUGACUGUUCUGGUCUUGGACCUAACUCAGAAACACAGCAAUGCAACACACAGGGAUGUCCAAUCAAUGGUGGGUUCACAAAUUGGAGUUCAUGGGGUACCUGUAAUGUCACCUGUGGUGGAGGCUCCCAGUCAAGAACCAGGACAUGUACCAAUCCAGUACCACAAAAUGGAGGUGCUGAUUGUGUGGGAAUCAUACUGGAGUUACAACAGUGUAAUACUCAGGGGUGUCCAGUGGAUGGAGGAUACAGUCAGUGGAGCACUUGGGGCACUUGUUCUUCUACNUGCUGCUCCUCCCUUUUCUGA